UGUCAAGUCGCAGCCCGCCCCCUCCCGUUACCCGAAAUUCCACCGCCGCCUUAAACCCCUCUCCCCCCGCCGCCCCCUCCGCCGCCGCAGUCCUCGGCGCUGAGCCUGCUCCGCCGCGCCGCGCCGCCCAGCGAGGAGGAGGGUCAGAAGAGCAGCCGCCGGGGAGGGUCCGGGAUGGUGCUGUGGGAGCUCACGGCGAUCACCGCCUACUUCCUCGGCCUCAGACGCACCUACCGCCUCGCGCUCCGCAUCCAGCGCCGCCUCAUCCCGCCCAACCGCCCCAGGAUCAGGAACUUCGUCUACAGGCGUACACGAGAUGUGUUCAAUGUUGCAGUGUCAGUGCACAAGAACAUUCAAGAGAGGGACAUAGAGGUUGGUCGGAACCUUGGAAACGCAAUCCUUCGCUGGCUCGAUCGCAUGAAGCCAUCAGCAGAGAUUCGCCCCCGUCUUCCAGACCCACCAAAUGGCAGCUCAGAGCAGUUCAAGCAUUUUUCAAGCACAAGCAGGAGCGCGGGAUCUCAGAAGACUGCAUCUAAAACUUCACCCCACGACUCAAGCGGAAAGAUGCUGUUCUCGUGCCUGAACAUUCGACCCAAAUCCUUCCCUAUCCUUCCCACAAUGACGCAGCCCAACAAAAUCAACGCGAGCAGCCAGUGCAGGCGCAUCUCCUACUCCCCGUUCCCAUCAGUCACCGCGAAGAGGAAGGGCCUGAUGGAGGGCGUCUUCCGCAGGGACAUUGCGCAGCUGAUGGUGUAAGGAUCUCUGCUUCUUCCUUUUUUUUUUCCUACUAGGCAACGGUCUAUACUGUGUUUUUUUUUGGAAUAUGAAGAUUAUUACUCGGACUACAGAAUGUGCCUCGUUAUAUAGUAAUGAAGGGCAUAGGGGAAAUUGUCGCAGCUCUGCCAAGUUAGGCCAUUAGAUCUCUAACCCAUGCUCAGAUUCUCAACUGCAUUUCCUGUUUGGUAACGGACGUGUGUACUCCAUUUAUCUGUGCUCGGAUUAUUAGACCUGAAAAAUCUGAUGCCUCUCAGUUUUACCCUGCU